UGUUGAGAUGUUUAAAUUUAAAAGGGAAACUGCAAUUUUUGUUGUUAAUUGCAAUUACUUUUAAAGGCAAUUAUUUCUGGUCAAACAUUUGAAUCAACUUCUACAGAAGAAAAAAGACCAUUUUUUGAUUCAACUACAAUAAUACCCCCAACAACAAUUGACAACCAACAACCUCGAAAAGAUUUAAAUGAAUUACCCGAAAUGAAAAAAGCAAAAGAAUUAAAAGGGGAAAGUGAAAAGGCUGAGAUUGAAAGAAUGCGGGAACUUGCAUUAGUUGAAGAAGAAUUGAGACAAAAAGAGACGACUGAGGGAAUUGAAUUAACAACAACUAUUUUACCUAAAAUUAAUGAAGAGGAGAAAAAAUCAAAUGACUCGCAAAACAAAAAACCAAUGACUUUUGAAGAAUCUAAAGGAAUGCAUCAAGUAGAGCCUUCACCGAAUGCUGGGGAUUCUGUUGAUGAAUCUGUUGGAUUUGAAAUUAAAAAUAAUACUUUUACAACAACAAUUUCAACACAAUUAAAUUCUGAGGUUUCUUUCCCUCCUCUUCAAACAACCCCCAAAGCUUCAACAACGCUUGCUGAAAGUGGACAAGAUGGAGAAAGUAGUGCUGAUGAUCCAUUCCAAACAUCCACAGCAACUUUUGAAGACGAAACAGAACACGAAACUAUUCAUGAAACAAUGCAUGUUCAAGCACCAAUUAAUCAAAGCAAUGAGGAAAUUAAAGAAAAAGAAGAAUUUUCUUUAACAGAUUUUGCAACUCAAUCUACAGAAAUAAAAAAUAAAGAAAUGACUGAGCCUCCAUUUAUUGAGGCCAAUCCUGGAGAUAAAUCAAAAAUUGAAGAGAAAGUUGAUGAAUCGAAAGAAACAAAAACUCAAAAAAAUCCUUCCGAAUCAACAGAAUCUAAAGUUGAAGGAGCACAUCCAAUUUCAUUUAUGGAAUCAUCUACCACCCCGCCACAUACUGAAAAUCCAUUGACAACAUUCCAAAUGACUACAACAGAAGAGCCAACAAUUAUGGUUGGAGAUAAAUCAGUUUUUGAAGGUGGAGAAGAUAUUGGGUUACCUGCACCAGAAAAGGCACAAAUUCAUCAUAUGAGUAGUGAAAAUGGAGAAAUGAUUAAUAAUAAAAAAGAAGAAGUAAUGAUUGAGGAAUCUUCUAAAUCCCCACCAUCAAUUAAUGUUGGGAAUAUUGAAAAUAAAGAAGAAAAUGUUGGAAGUUUUGUUUUAUCCAAAGAAGAAAUGGAAGAAUUAAAAAUAACAACAAAAGAACCUAUUGAAGAAGAAAAAGAAGAAGAAGGGGAGAAUGUUAACGGUAAAAUGUCAACAAUUCCAGAAAAACCUUCUGAAAAUGAAGGAAAAAUAAAUGAUGGAAUUGAACCUGAAGAUAAUAGUGGUGGUGUUGUUGUUGAUAAUUCUACUUCAACAAUGUUUAUUCCAACUGAAAGAAUUUUAAUUACACAAGAGAAUAUAGAAAAUGAGACAAACAAUCAAAGUUUUGAUGAUUCUGUUAAAUCCACAAAAACUUUAAUGACAACAAUAUCAACAAUAAAUGACGGAGAAAAGGGAGAAGAAAGGAAUGAUGAUAGUGAAAGUAAAAUAUUUGAGAAUAUUGAUACUUCGACACCAAAAAGAGGGGAUCUUCCUGGUGAAAAUGGGGAAACAACGGUAACUGCUGCUGAAACUGAAGUUGAGGUUACGACUGAAAUGGGCGAAAAGAAGCCUUUCGUUGCUCCAAAUGAAACUUCUGAUGAUAAUGACAGUAAUCAUAUUAUUGGAGAAAAAGUUCAAACAAGUAAGGGAAAAUAUAAAAUUAAAAGAGGCAAUAAACUAACUCAAAAGUUUUUAAUAUUUUCCUUUUAUUUGGACUAA